AAGAGGCGGCGAGGCGCUAUGACAUCACACAUCGUCAAACCUCUUGAGCCGGAUGUAAUUUGACGUUAGCGUGAGGAGAGAAGUUGUUCUUCCGGUGUUGCUUAAACGCGCCGAAUAAAGUACAGAGAUCCUGGUGAUGCCCUGAUUGUCUAAACAGAAAAGCCUCAGCAAUAAUAUUAUGUCGAUUUUUAAAAGGGAGGCGAUUUGGAGCUGAUGGGGGACGAAAAGGACACCUGGAAAGUAAAAACGUUAGACGAGAUCUUACAAGAGAAGAAACGCAGACGAGAGCUGGAAGAGAAAAGCGAUACUAAACGUCCGAAGAACACGGAUGAUCGGGAAUCCAAACGGGACACUCCGGAGGAAGGGGAGCUACGAGACAACAAAAUGGAAAUAACAAUACGUAAUUCACCAUACACAAGGGAAGACUCGACAGAGGACAGAGGAGAGGAAGAUGAAUCUUUGGCCAUCAAACCCCCACAGCAGAUGGCCAGAAAAGACAAGUCAUACCAUCGAAAAGAGGAGAAGCGAAAAGAUAAGAGGAGACGCAGGAGCCAUUCUGCAGAAGGAGCAGGAAAACAUAUGCGCACAAAAGACAAAGAAAAAGAGAGAGAUACUGAGCGAAGGAAGAGACCGUGGCAGGAGGACACCAAAGGUCGAAGAGAUUAUGAUCGACAGAAGAGAAGAGAUCAGGCCAGAGAUCACUCCCGUAGAGAGAGGUUAUCAGGGACAGUUACCAAAGAACUUACAUCACAGCUUGAAGAAUCGGAAUCGGUACUUGGUAUCGCCUGCAAAAAUCCUGAUCGGAGCAUCCCUAAUGUUAAUAAUAACUUAUGGCCCUUUAUGUCUGAUGUGGUUGGAAUGUUACCCUCUCGGCCUGAGAAAGAUCGUCUGGAGCAACUAGAACGACAGCGGGAACGAGAGCGAAAACUCCGUGAACAGCAGCAUAAAGAGCAGAGGGAACAACGGGAACUAAAAGAGAGAGAGAGAAGAGCAGAGGAACGGCGCAAAGAAAGAGACACUCGCAGAGAAGUAGCUGUGCCUUAUCAUAGAGGGGCUCCCGGUGAGGAGUAUGCUGAUAAAAGCCGGCCUCGACACCGUAGCCACAGUCGGAGUCCUAUUCGGCAACAGAGAGAGCCAAAAACAGAGAUCACCGAACAACGCAGAGCAGUACGAGAGGGGAAGAUGGAGGAUAAAGAUGUUCUGUCUGAUCUUCAGGAUAUUAGUGACAGUGAGAGGAAGACCGCUUCACCAGAAUCCUCACUGGGCUCUGGAUCUGAGGAGGAUGAUGAUGAUGAUGACGGUGAUGAGAAUGAUGAGGAAGAGUCCAGCAGUCAGAGUGAAGGAGAUGAAGAGGGCGAGUCAGCAUCAGACUCUGAAGGCUCUGAACAGAGUGGAGAUGAACGACUUUGCAGGCCGUUUACAUUGAUGGACAGCUACAAAACACACUCCAAUAAAGGUGAAUUAAGUGAUGAAGAACAGUCAGAAGAGGAAGAAGAGGACAGAGAGAAUGGAAAGCACAUUCCUCCUAUUCCAGAGUCAAGGUUUGAUCACGAUUCAGACGUAAGCGUUGAAGAAGGGGAGACCGAGGACGGUGAGGAGGCCGGAGAUGUUACGCCUCAGACUCCUUCUCAUUCAGCUACUCCAGAAGACAACUACGUUCCUGAAUCUCCUCCCAUCUCACCAGUCGAGCUGAAGAAAGAGCUGCCCAAAUACCUGCCCGCUUUACAGGGCUGUCGGAGUGUGGAGGAGUUUCAGUGUUUGAACCGCAUUGAAGAAGGCACUUAUGGAGUCGUAUAUCGAGCCAAAGACAAGAAGACUGAUGAGAUUGUUGCCCUGAAGCGACUGAAGAUGGAGAAAGAGAAAGAGGGGUUUCCAAUUACCUCACUCCGAGAGAUUAACACCAUCCUGAAAGCCCAGCAUCCAAACAUUGUCACCGUCAGGGAGAUUGUUGUGGGCAGUAAUAUGGAUAAAAUCUACAUUGUGAUGAAUUAUGUGGAGCAUGAUCUGAAGAGUCUAAUGGAAACCAUGAAGCAACCCUUCCUGCCUGGUGAGGUGAAGACACUGAUGAUUCAACUUUUGAGAGGCACACGUCAUCUUCAUGACAACUGGAUCCUUCAUCGUGACCUGAAGACCUCCAACCUUCUACUGAGUCACAAAGGCAUUUUGAAGAUUGGAGAUUUUGGAUUAGCUCGUGAGUACGGCUCUCCGCUCAAGCCCUACACUCCUGUGGUGGUCACACUGUGGUACCGUUCGCCUGAUCUGCUGCUGGGGGCAAAGGAAUACUCAACAGCUGUGGACAUGUGGUCUGUAGGAUGUAUAUUUGGAGAGCUUCUCACCCAGAAACCUUUAUUCCCGGGAAAAUCUGAAAUUGAUCAAAUUAACAAAAUUUUCAAGGACUUGGGCUCUCCCAGUGAAAAGAUCUGGCCAGGUUACAGCGAGCUGCCCGCAGUAAAGAAGAUGACUUUUACCGAAUACCCCUACAACAACCUCCGUAAACGCUUUGGAGCGCUGCUCUCCGACCAAGGCUUUGACCUCAUGAACAAAUUUCUGACUUACUGCCCCGCCAAGAGAAUCACUGCAGAUGAAGCCCUCAAGCACGAGUAUUUCAGAGAGUCACCGCUCCCCAUCGAGCCCUCCAUGUUUCCCACCUGGCCGGCUAAGAGCGAGCAACAGCGAGUGAAGAGAGGAACGAGCCCGCGCCCCCCAGAAGGAGGCCUGGGCUUCAGUCAGCUGGGUGACGAUGAUCUUAAGGAUACUGGUUUCCAUCUGACCACAGCUAACCAGGGCGCCUCUAAAGCUGGUCCAGGAUUCAGCUUAAAGUUUUGAUUGGCCAUCAGGCACUUUGAUUCAGAGCCAUGAGCGUUAUUUGAAUGAAUGACGUGAUGCUGAGACUCAUUUGAGAAUGAUUGAAAGAGAACAGCACACAGAGCUUCAUCCAGACAGACUCAUUUUUACUGGCACUGAGGACCUACAUGGAGGUUAAGACCUUCACAUUCCUGAUGCUCAUCUGAAUUAUUACAGUGCUCUGUUUUGAUUUGGGUUUUUUCUCUCUUAUGUUUUUAAUAAGCAGCAAAGCAGAGACCUUGUUUUAUUCUAAACUGUGCUGUCGAAAAUUGUAGUUGUGUAAUAAGGUCGAAACCCAUUUACGCUUUGACACAUGAAAAUGAAAUAAAACUGAUUAAAAAAAGUUCAGGUUGAUUUUCACACUAGAAAUGUUUCUCUAGAAGUAAAAGAUUUUAAUUCUGUUCUCAUCUAUUGCA